AGUCCUGGGAUGAAUUUCAAUUACAGUUUCAUAUAUGUAAUUAAAUUUGAGCUUAAUUAGCCGAGGCUAGCCAUGUGGCAGUCUCAUGAGCAAGCUAACGUCACCUAGCUUAAACUGGAUUUAACUGCUUAGUUUUUGGAUGUUUUCUUUGUCACUUACACACAUACACACACGUAUUAAUGCGUAUUUUAUGUCAAAAGAAAUACCAGCAGGUAUUAAACAAGUCAGAUAUUCGUAUUUUUACGACAUUGUGGCUAAAAGUUUAGCAUUAGCUACAUUAGCCUUAGCUUAUUGAUGGACGCAUGAGAUGUUCAAGGACCGGGAGGCUGUUCGUGAAAGCCCGUGAAGGCGCCUCCGUGCACCGCUGUGUGGCUGCGGAUCUGCGGGGUCUGGAGGAUGAGGAGCGGCGGGGACGCUGCUGCCUCCGCUCCGUCCAUCACACACUCGGUCCUGCUGUCGGUGUGAGGGAACCAGCCGCAGCCAUGGCCUCCGACAACUGUCUGUUCGUGUGGUCUGAUCAGUGUGUCAUUGUGUGUCCCCUCUCCCUCUCCCUCCUCCUGCCAGUCACCCCAGAGGCCAUCGGCUUCCUGUCGGCGGUGGGCGUCUUCAUCGUGGCGUUGGCCGUCCUCUUCCUCUUCAUCAACAAGAAGCUGUGUUUCUCGCGCGUCGGCGGGCUGCCCUGCCUGGAGCAACAUGGCCGCCGGAAGAAGGGACGAGUGGGAAUCCGCCAGGGGCUCGUGAACAGUUAUGGGGAUGAUGAAGAUGAUGGCAGCAGCUCCUCUGACAGUGAAGAAGAAGUCCUGAAGCAGUUCGAGAUCUCCGUCUCGCGUUCGCAGAGUUUUCGUAACGCGGCGUCGAACAGCGGCGAGCAGCAGCAGACGACGACGCAGCUCGCUUUGGGCCGACGCCACAAAUUCACCCGUCUGUCGGACCAGGAGGAGGGCAGCACCGAGCCGUCGGACUGCGAAGAGAUGGAGGCUCCGAGCCGGCAGGGGUUCCAGGACCCGCUCUCGGCCGCACUAGAAGAGAGCGAGAGGGCGUCGGCACUUUCUCUGGACAAACCGGCCAAACUGGAGGUGUCCAGCGUAAAAGACAGUCCCACUCUGAGCAUGAGGCGACAGGCCGCAGACGGCAGCGAGGACACGGAGAAGGUGCUGGAUCUCGACAAAAACGACGGCACAGACAGCUCCUCCACAUGGAGCCCCGAGCAGGAGCAGCCUCCCCAGGACGACGUCUUCCCUCAGCCGGUCAGCUCUUCCCCUCGACCUCCCAUCUCUAAAUGUGGAGACCUGGUCCUGUCUCUGGAGUACCGGCCCGACACGGAGAAGCUGAUGGUCACUGUGGUCGCGGCGCGGGACAUCCCCGACAAAGCUCGCAGCGGGAUGGACUCCUGGCAGGUGCACAUGGUCCUGCUUCCCUCCAAGAAACAGCGACAGAAGACGGCGGUGCAGAAAGGCUCGCAGCCGCUCUUCAACGAGACGUUUCGCUUCUCGCGCCUGGAUCCGUCGGAGCUGCACAUGUCAGCCGUCAGGUUCAGGCUGUACGCGCUCGGAGGGAGGAUGUCCCGCGAGCGGAUGAUGGGCGAGAAGGUGCUGCGUUUAGGUGGGCUGGACCCGGACGGAGGGAAGAUGGAGACGACGCUGGUUCUGGAGCCUCGCAGCAACCUCAAGAGUGUGGACUCCCAGGUGAGCCUGUCUGCUGUGUCACAGAGCGACAGCGCCUCGUCCACUCAGUCUCUGACCCACGGUGGCGUCCCAGAGCUGCUGGUGGGCCUCUCCUACAACGCCACCACGGGACGAAUGUCUGUGGAGCUCAUCAAGGGAAGCCACUUCAGAAACCUGGCCAUCAACAGACCACCAGACACCUACGGGCGCCUGACUCUGUUAAACUCGGUCGGUCAGGAGAUCUCUCGCUGUAAGACGUCAGUGCGUCGCGGCCAGCCCAACCCCGUCUACAAGGAGACGUUCGUCUUCCAGGUGGCGCUGUUCCAGCUGUCGGACGUCACCUUGCUGGUCUCCAUCUACAACCGCCGCAGCAUGAAGCGCAAAGAGAUGGUGGGCUGGAUCGCUCUGGGCCAGAACAGCAGCGGCGAGGAGGAGCAGCUCCACUGGCAGGACAUGAAGGAGAGUCGAGGACAGCAGGUCUGCCGCUGGCACGUCCUGCUGGAGGCGUAACGCCACCGACAUCUGGGAUUUUUUUUCUUCUGAGCUGGAAGAGAGUUUAUUCUGGAAGUUGCAGACAGGAUGAUGCAUGUGGCUUCAGAGGCGACGGAUUCAAGGACUGAGCUUUCUCCACGAUCGUCACAUCUGAGUAAAGAUGGACACGCAUCAACCCUGGCUGGUUAUUUUAUGUCAGCAUGAAGGAACAAAUUCAUCAGCUUCUGGAGGCUGACUCGACUUUUUGUUGAGGAGAAAGGAAAUAGAUAAAUGAAAGUAAAGAAGAAAGCCUUCAGCAGGGUUACAUGAUAAAAAGCUUGCGAUUCACUCGAUUGGCAGAUAAAAACCAGAAUUUCUUUGUCGUGGAAAACCUUUAUAUGUCUGAAGGUUUCCUGAUAAAAAGCUUUGUGGAGCGUCCGUCAGCCUCCAAGAGGAGCUGAGAAUUUGUCCUUCACGUACAGCUUUUAUUGGUGAAACAGCUCCGUGAUGAGCUGCAGUUUUGUUUUUCUGGUGAAAUGCUGUGUUAGAAAGUGCACACAAAUUAGAGGUGUGUGUGGGUGUGUGUGUGUGUUUGUGUGACUUAAUCUAAGUGACGUUUUUACUUAAUCUUGCUGUUCUUUCACCGGCUGGCAAAUCAAUGGAGAUGCAAACAGAGAGUGCACAGUGAGAUGCUCAGCUGUGAAUGAAUGCAGACAGGAAACAGAACGAGCCUGUUUAUAUCCGCCGCUAACAUGAUUCCUGCGUGAUCAAAGGAAAAAACAACCACCAAGACGUGUUGUGAUCCGAUCGACUCAAACCACUUGUCGAGGUCGUCUGAGACAAACGUUUCCCCCGACAAAGACGUCGUCAGCGCAGGAAGUGGUGGUCGUUCUGGUCACAGGAUGCCGAGGUAGCCCAAGGCCAAACUGAAACAACUGACAGCAAUAUCACCAAACUCCCUUAACAAAUUGCACAAUUUUCAUGUUGUUAAGUCAGGAGAAACUUAGAAAACUUUGCAAAGCAGCUAUAGCAACAUUUAGAAAUCUAAUUUCUGCCUUCUUGUAAAUUUGGCAUCGAUGACAAGUCAUUAAGUUGUUUAUUUCCCUAUAAAACUUGUCAGGGUUUCACAGCAUCAGGCUAUUUUUCAGCUGGUUUCACCUCUAACACUAAAUUUAUGAAUGAAAGCAACAUUUUAUUGACAGAAAACAUGUCUGAUUUUAGAAAUACAGUAAUCAGUAACAAAUUCAGGCUUCUGCUUUGUCACCCUCGAAGAAAGACACCAGACUCCCUUAAAAAAAAAAGUUUUUGUGUGUAGAUGGAACUUUUUAAACAUUGUUAAAAUCUGGCUAUAACACGUUCAACAUUAUUUGGGCCUUCUAGUCAAUUUGGUAUUAGAUAUAAUAACCAAUAUAGGCUAAUUCUUUGUUGCUAGUGGAGAAAAAUCCCAGACUCCCUUCAAAAAUCACUUAAUUCUGAGAGUUGCUGCAUCAGGAGAGACUUUAUAAAUGCUGUCAAACACUGUCUCUGACAGAUUCUUUAUUAUUUAGGCCUUCUUGUAAAUUCUGCAAGUGUUAUACAUCAAAUUCUUUCUUUCUUGUGUUUGUUUGUCUAUAAGGGUUUAUGUAAUGAACUUAGGAGUGUUCACUUGUGAUUGGAUCACCAAAGACACAUGUUAAUAGCAGGUAUAAACAGGCUUAAAGAUGCAACAUCCUGAAAGUCUGAUCUUGAAAAUAUUCCUUUCACAUCCUCUCAGAAACACAGCAGGUUUGUCUCAAAGAUUCUGGGAUCUUUGCUGCAGUUUGUGUCUAAGAAUGUUGGAUUUUAUACGAUAUUGUCGGAAACUGACAUGAUCAAAUCAAUCAAUAUGAACAGAUCGCAUCUCCCACAUCUUCACCAUCUCAUCCUCCUUCAUGCAAGCAUCCGUUAAAACACUUUCAGCCACAGAAAAGGCGAGUGAUCGAUACGAUGAUGUCAGCGUUGCCACUGAAGGAUCACGUGACCGUAAGCUGCCGAGCACAGAAACAAAACACGAGAGUGGAACUGAAGCUGUUUUGUGAUUCAAGUGGAGGAGGAAGGCGUCUCAUUCAUAUUCAGUGCUCAUUCAUAUUCUCCUGACACAUGUGCUACUACAGGCAGGAAAUCUCCAGCAGCUGGAGACUCUUAACCCCCGCUGGGAUGAGAGCGUCUCUUCCCCCCCUUCGCUGCCUCGUCGACGCUGAAUGAUGUUAUUUGGCCUCAGCUCGAACUCCUUCACAGGGCAAAGCUCAUUUCAACACCCAUCAACGCUGAGCUGAAAAGAGGCUUUAAAUAUCUCACUGCAGCUGUUAAUAACAUGCAAUGAAUUACUCUGGAAGUGUGUGUUUUUUUCACCACACUCUCUCCGUGGUAAUUGGUAGUUACAGCUGUAGAAUCGUACAGUGCGAUGACGGUAAUGCCGCCGUUAAUGCUCAUCCUCUUCCAGCCCGGGCAUCAUUGAGUCAUAAGGCAGCAGUUCAGCCCAGAGGGGGGAUUAUAUUUGUUUGUGUCGACAGAUACUGGAGCUCCAAACCCCUCGGGGGUUCACACGCUGAGAGCAGAGAUGUGUUUAUUUGAGCGUUCGGGCAGGUGACAACAAAACCUCUUUAGAAAUGUUGCAGCUCGGUUUUAGAAAACUGAAUGAGAGCGACUCAAAUAUUCAAGAUUUCACGGGUGUAAGGAGAUGACAGUCUGUAAUUAGUUUUGGAAAGUCAACCGUAACAAAUGAACGGAGAAGCUGAUGCUCAUAUUCAAAUUCUUCAUAUGGAUUAAAGGGUCAGUUCAACCAAAUCAGACAAAGGAAACUAUCCUGCACAUCCCUCCAGGCAUGGAGCCAUCCCAAUGUUUUUUCUGUGCCGGGGUUUUGAGAGACUUUAUCUUAAAUUCAGAUUAUAAUAAAUCUGUUUUUGCUCCUCAAACCACCAAAAAAAAUAUAUGUAGAAUUUCAGUACAGAAACUUGGAUCACAAUUUCCAGAAUAAACCACUUGGUUAGGUUUUGGAAAACAUCAUGUUUAGGUUUACAAAACCCCGUUUUGUCUUUGAAAUUUCCCAGCAUCUUUUCUUAAAUAUCCAGUGGUGUCACGCUGACGAAUUGAAAUGCCAUCUUGAACAAUGGUCUCUGGCUCGACAGUCAUCUCCACUAACAUGACUGGAAAAUAUCCUGAUGUCUCUUUAAACAUAUCCAGUGGUUUCACCCUUACAAAUGUUGACGCACCAUUUCAAACAGUGGUCUCUGGCUUAACAGCCAUUUUGGCUAGUGGCCUUGUUCUGUGGUAUCGUUUUUAAAAACCUGAUGUUUGUUGCCACUAAGGUGGCUGGAAAAUGUGCCACAGCCAAUUUAGAUACUAAAUCCAGUGGUUUCAUGCCUACAGAUGUUGGAACACUGUCUCAAACAGUGGUCUCUGGUUUGGCAGCCAUCUCGAUUGUCACCCUGUCCAUGCAACUUAUUGAAAAAAAUCUAGUUUUGUCGACACAAACAUCACAUCAGCAUCUUGUUAAAAAAAGAUCCAGCGGUUUCAUGCUUCAUAUGUCAGCUUAUAAAGAUUAAGAUUGGCUUUAUUUAUCCCACAAGAGGGAAACCCACUUGUUAAAACAGCUGGAGAUAUUUGCAACAGUACAGGAAAAAGAUUACAAAGAUGUUUAUAAAAACAAACGUAUCCGUUGACCAACUUUUUAUUCUACCGGGCUGAAACAUGUUUUUCCAGUUUUUUUGUAAUCUUGACAAUAUCUCCGUAGAAUAGAGGAUUUACUACCCACUACAUAAAUGAGCUCUCUGUCAUAUAAUAAUUAAUAAACCGUCCAAGGAAAAUUCAUUAUAAAUCAAGGACAUGAGAUACUCUUUGGAAUGAUGAAUGGGUUAUACAAACCUCGACCUUGUGUGAGUCACAACGGAAGAUAAGAAUGAUUCAAAUAGCUGGUUUUCACCAACAUCAUCAUCAUCAUCAUCAUCAUCACCGUCACUAGUUUACUGGAAAGUGGAUAUUUAGUUGGACGAACAAAACAUCACAGAUGAAAAACAUGUACAAGUGUUUAGAAUAGAAGCACUUCUGUCUUUUCCAAGGACGACACGACGACUUAUUAUGUCGGUAACUGAUUCAGGGAAGCAGUGAAGACUGAAAAACAAGAUAUUUUAUUCAAAGAUGAAUGAUUUAAUGAAAAAGGCACAAUUAAUGGACUCAUUCUAUAUCUGGUAAAUACAGGAAACAAGCUGUAAAAUGCUGUGCGUCUCGUGUUUAAACUGCAGAUAUGUAAUGGCGAAUACUUCAGGUAUAAAUGAAGCGUGGGUGAGGAAUAGGAGUGCUGCAGCUGGUUUGAUGUUUUGUACAAUUCAACAGGAUUUUUAUUUAAUGGGUAAUAUUAUUAUUUUGUACAUUAACACUCCCCAAAGAUCAAAAUGAUUGAGAAAGUUAGCUACAGAGACCAAAUUUCUGCCUAAGAUAGCCAAUUCUCCAUUAGCUUGUUAUUGUUUUCUUUGUUUUCUUUUUAAAAACUUGGCUUCCAGACAUAAAAAUAGGUUUGUUUGUUUGUUUGUUUGUUUUUACCUAAUAUGAUAACUGUUAACUGUAAUAAAAUAGCUAAUACAUAAGAAGUUAGCAUCCAAGAAUUAAUGAUCCAGAUAGAAGACAAGAUAGUAAAGAUUUUGAACAGUAUGUUGAAAAGAAUACGAUUCUUCGCUGACGAUACCUGCCUUUAUAUGGAACUUAUAGAGUCAUUGAGGCUAACAAUUUAGCAAGCUAACAAGCAGGUAAUGCAGGCUAACACACAAAGAUCAUCACUGAAAAUAUGAACUGAAACUCUAACCUACUAAAAUUACAAUAUAUUAAGUUUUCUUGACCACAAUAACGUUUAUGUUCAGCGACCUUUAACGAGAUCUUUCUUAUCAGCACUCCUAUUCUGCUGGCUUCAAACAUGUGAGCGUGUGAAAAGUGACAUGAACUAUAUUUACUGCACAGACUGAUAUAUUUUAUGCAUGUUGAGUUGUUGUACAGAAUCUAUAACAUCUAUUCUAUAUUUUUUAAAAUAGUAAAUGUUUAAUGUUCUUAAGUAUUUCCCAGGAUUUCUAUGGUAUUUACACGUCUGCAUGCUCAGUUGGAGACCCCAGGUUGUAUUACACAAUCGGAUGCGUGCUGCAGAUGUAAUAUACAGUCGUGAUACUCUGACAAAGUGCCUGUAAACAUUUCGAGAUGAAACAUAUCCGCCGUGACAAAAAGGGAUGAUCCAAAAUUUGCAUGAAGCCUUCUCGUUGUUCCCUGUGAAUGCUGCUGUAGGACUGCAUGCGUGGAAGGUGACGACAGGGCGGGUCGACUCGUGUCCAGGCCGAGACCAGGGCUGAAGUUUAGUCCACAAAUCUGGCUGUUCUACAAAUCAAAGAGAGAAAAUGUGAUUGCAAUAACACAAGGAGUGUCUCGGUAUCAUAUCAGGGCUUCACUGGCAUCAAAAGUGGAGCCUGCAGCUGUUUUCUAGUGGACAGGACUGAAACGCCGACACUGUCGAGACUCGUCCUGCAGCCCUGGUCCGGCCCGUGCAUGCCGAGCCCCCGAGGCACCCAGAAAGCACUUUUUGUACCAAGUUUUGUCGUUGCCAAUAAAACCCAGAAGAUCCCUGCUGUGGGAACGUC